AAGUGCAGUUAAUUGUGCAAGCAGCAGAGGAAAGGGCCAGGAGCACAGUCAGAAACGGAUCUUUUUAUGGAUUUAUCACAAUAGUAACUGCGAAUUUUGUGCACUAUACCUACGCUGUUAUACAUUUGAUGCCCUGUGCAUUGCAAUUGCAACUUUUUGGGCGAGAUUUUACAGAUUCACCGAAACAAGUACAUAUGGCUGCGAUUAGGAAAAAGCUGGUCAUUGUUGGAGAUGGUGCGUGCGGAAAGACAUGUUUGCUGAUAGUAUUUAGCAAAGAUCAGUUCCCAGAAGUUUACGUCCCAACAGUAUUUGAGAACUAUGUAGCUGAUAUUGAAGUAGAUAAUAAACAAGUUGAAUUAGCAUUAUGGGAUACUGCCGGUCAGGAAGACUACGACAGACUGAGACCACUCUCAUAUCCAGACACAGAUGUUAUACUCAUGUGCUUUGCCAUAGAUAAUCCAGACAGCUUGGAAAAUAUCCCUGAGAAAUGGACACCAGAGGUGAGGCAUUUCUGUCCCAACGUCCCUAUUAUCCUGGUUGGUAACAAGAAGGAUCUUCGAAAUGACGAUCACACCAAGCUGGAGCUACAGCGAACAAAGCAAACUCCUGUCUCGUAUGACGAAGGUCACCAGAUGGCCGUGAAGAGCGGUGCUGCCAAGUACAUGGAGUGCUCAGCCAAGACUAAUGAUGGAGUGAGAGAAGUCUUUGAAACGGCAACAAGACAAGCUCUGCAGAGCAGGAAGAAGAAGAACAGGUUCAAAUGCCAGAUCUUCUAAAAAAAAACAUGCACUUAUUAUAAAACUAUUUCAGUCAAAGACUGAACUUUUGGGAAAGGCACAUUUUCAGUGAAUCAUUGAGUUAUGUGAGAUCAUCCAUGUGAGAUGCCAAUAGGAGAUAUGGACAUUCUGCAGAAGAACAUUUGAAGAGAUAAAUUUACUGCAGUGAUAUUCUACAUUGCAGAUGUACAUGUAAAUGUAAUUCUUAGUUUUACCAAGUUUGGAGUUAUUCACAAUGUAAUUUGUGAACUACAUUUAUGCCUGGCCUAUUAGUGUCUUGAGGUUUUAUACUGUACAUCUGCACAUGUAGAUGACAGUAACCCUUUUCAUGUAAAAUAUGUUUGGCCAGCUGAGCUUACAAAGUACAAACAUAAAGUAAAUCAAAUCAUCUAAAACCCCUCCAUGGUAAAAAAACAUACAUACAAAUACAAUAUAUUUUCUGUUUGAAACUAGGGUAAGAGAUGACUCUAAAAUGUUAAAAAAGACACAUUGAAACUGAAUCCAACACUCACUGCAACAGCUGUAUUAUUUUUCUCUAAAAGUGGUAAUUCAUGGAUAGGGAAGAUUACACAAAACUGAAUAUGUUGUGUAUGUAUGUAUAUUGUUUGCAGGGAUUGUGGUUCUGUGCAUGAAUGCUAUGUUGUUAUCUCACUUACAUGUAAUCACUUUCAAAUUUAAAGAGGUAUAUAAGAUUUUCACUGCAUUAUUUAUUCAGUGAUAAUGUACAUGUAUUAACAGUUAUGUUUAUUAAACAUUAAACUCGUUGUGCUAUUAAAAGCAUAACACAUGUUUAAGCAUUAUAAAAAAAAAUAUGUAUGAGAGAAAGAGCUUCAAAAGUUUCUUGAUGAAAUGGCAGAUUCUUGUAAAUUAUCAAUAAUGCUUGUUUGUGUGUGAGAAAGUGAGUGUGCACUGGUGUAGAUUUAUACACCUACUGUUCUUUUCAAGGGGGGAUGGAUGGUCAUUGAGUCACCCCCCAUUUUAAAGGCGUGGCCAUGACAUCACACAUCUGUGCUUGUGUAAGCAUAAUAUACUGUAUCAAAAUGUAAUUAAGAAAAUAAGAAAACACCCGUGAUGGUUGUUUUUAGCAAGAUUUUUAUGUGCCUUUUCAAACUGAAAUGCCAUCUUACAUUUUUUAAUAUGUAACGUUUGCAAUUGAUAAUAAGUAAUUAUUCAGGGUUUAGGGAGGAGAUUUUUUUGUACAAUUUCUUUCAACUGUGAUCUUCAUGUAUGUAUAGUAACAUUGCCAAGAGGUGGAAAGGGUAUUCCUUUCCAAGGCUUUCAUCAAUGUACAUGUAUUGUUGAUUUUCUAUUUUUAUUCUGUUUUGAAACUGGAUUAUAAUGGGAGUAUGUACAUGUACAGUCUUUAAAAUCGCUACAUCCCAGGGUGUUUCUGGAUUGUUGCAUCUCAUUGUUUUGAGCCACCUUACCAUACAUGAUAGAAAUAAUCACUGCUUUAUUGUGAAUGUAUGGGCAUGUUUAAUGAAUAAUCAAGGUGGGGGUGCAGUAGAUGUUACAAGAAAGCUGUCUUUCAAAGAUUUUUGUUUCGUUUGAAGUAUAAGUGUUGUUGGAUGAAAUUGAAAGUUCAAAUCUGAUCAAAUCUGAAAAUAAUACCAUGUGGUUCUGUCUUUCGAUACUUGUAGGAAAUAAACUCCAUGAAGUAUUUUCUACAUACUUUUCAGUGAUUCAGUGCCUUAAUAUGAUUCAACUUUGCACAGGUGCUUUAAAUAUAAUGCUGUAUUAAUCAGUAUUAAAGGCAAAGUCUACCACUAGUGUAAAGUUUUUUUUUUCAAAUUACAUUAUUUAAUGUAUAUCAUCAACUUUUGGCAGAUAAAAGCAGAGAUGUGAUGAAUAAGCAUUUGAGAAUGAUCACAAAGAGAGACAUUUGUAAAA